CCGCGAGCUCCGAUUGGUCUCUCCUGUCCUCGUGACUCCCGGUCCCGCCCCACGUCCCUCCUCCGCAUCCGCGCGGGGGAGCGGACGGUCCGGUGCUGAAUGGGCGCGAGCGCGGCGCCGGGGACGGGCGGGGGAGCGGGGCCCGGGACUGGCGGCCGGCCGGCGCCCCCUCCCUAGCAUGCGGGCGAAAGCGGCUGGCGGCGCAGAGCGGCGUCCCCUGCAGCUGCGAACCGAGGCGGUGGCGGCGGCACCUGCCGGCCGAGCAAUGCCCAGUGAGUAUAACUGUGUGAAACUGAGAAGCGAUCGCUCAAGACCCUCUCUGCAAUGGUACACCCGAGCUCAAAACAAGAUGAGAAGACCCAACUUGUUGAUAAAAGACAUCCUAAAGUGCACAUUGCUUGUGUUUGGAGUGUGGAUCCUUUAUAUUCUCAAGUUAAAUUAUACUACUGAAGAAUGUGACAUGAAAAAAAUGCAUUAUGUGGACCCGGACCGUGUAAAGAGAGCUCAGAAAUACGCUCAGCAAGUCUUGCAAAAGGAGUGCCGGCCCAAGUUUGCGAAGAAGUCGAUGGCGCGGUUGUUUGAACACAGGUACAGCCCGGACUUGCCACCUUUCGUGAAGGAGGCCCCCAAAGUGAAUGAAGCCGAGUACAAGUAUGAUCCUCCUUUCGGAUUCCGGCAGUUCUCCAGUCAAGUCCAGACCCUCUUGGAAAUACUGCCUGAGCAUGACCUGCCUGAACACUUGAGAGCCAAGAGCUGUAGGCGUUGUGUGGUUAUUGGAAGUGGCGGAAUACUCCACGGACUAGUGCUGGGCCAUACCCUGAACCAGUUCGAUGUUGUGAUAAGGUUAAACAGUGCACCAGUUGAGGGAUAUUCCGAGCAUGUUGGUAAUAAAACUACUAUCAGGAUGACUUAUCCAGAGGGCGCGCCACUGUCUGACCUUGAAUAUUAUUCCAAUGACUUGUUUGUUGCUGUUUUAUUUAAGAGUGUUGACUUCAACUGGCUUCAAGCAAUGGUAAAAAAUGAAACCCUGCCAUUUUGGGUGCGGCUCUUCUUUUGGAAGCAGGUGGCGGAAAAAAUCCCACUACAGCCCAAACACUUCAGGAUUUUGAAUCCAGUUAUUAUCAAAGAGACCGCCUUUGACAUCCUUCAAUACUCGGAGCCCCAGUCAAGGUUCUGGGGCCGAGAUAAGAACGUGCCCACCAUCGGUGUCAUUGCUGUGGUCUUAGCCACACAUCUGUGUGACGAAGUCAGCUUGGCAGGCUUUGGAUAUGACCUCAGUCAACCCAGAACACCUUUGCACUACUUCGACAAUCUCUGCAUGGCUGCCAUGAACUUUCAGACCAUGCAUAAUGUGACAACGGAGACCAGGUUCCUCCUCAAGCUGGUCAAAGAGGGCGUGGUGAAGGAUCUCAGCGGAGGCAUCCAUUGUGAAUUCUGAACACGGAGCAACCUCAUCUGACAAUGCAACUCCAACCGUGAAGGCUGGGUUUCACAGUCUUCUCGAUGCAUUGCAUCCUGCAAAUCCUUUGAAGUGCAGCUGGUGUUUUUAACUUUUAAUUUAAAAAAUGAAAAACAAGUUUCGCUCUUCCCACUUUGUCCCCCCCCCUAUUUAUUUGAGGUCAGUGUUUUUGCACAACAUUUUUGUAAGAUAAUUUGGAGAAUUGAAUUGGAAAGACUUUUCAAAGAGACUUGUAUGUGAUGAUGUUUUAUUGUAUUUUAAGAACGUUAUUUAAUUUGUAAAAACUUUGUCCAUGUCUACUUAGCACAGAGAAUACCAGGUAAUUGAGUGGAAGGAGAAUGGAGGUCACUCCGUCGAUGAGAGCCCUGAAUGCCAGUUUCUGGUUCCUUGUCACUGUUGGGCGGGACACACGUCUGAGGCGCUUCCGGGAUGACGUGCUCAGUAGCCAGAGCACGGCUACUGGGUCAGCCGUGCGGCUGCGUGCGGCCUGGGCUGGUCGGAGAAGUUCCCGGCCCCUCUCUGUGGUCUGCCUUCUGCCAGCCUUGCAGCCAUCAACCAGGGCAGCCAUGCUGGCUGUCCCUGGCUGAGGAGGGACACAGAAGACAUUUCCUUUGUCCUCUGAAUAUACGAAGCCACCCUGGGCUGCAGAAGCCAUUCUCUCUGCUGAAAUGAUGACAACUCUUAAAUUUCUUGAGACUUUUUUCACUGCCCUUCCAAAGCACUUAAAUGAUAGUCGGAGGUGGUCCUCUGUCUGCCUGAGGUGGUUUAUUAAAAUGAGGACACACUCUCUGAUCUCCAGAGUUGUAGAAGUACAAACCCUUUCCAAGAAUAGUCAUGUUUUCUGAAACAUUGAAAUAGAAUCCUCCCAGUGUUAUAAAUUGCCUAUUUAAAAAGAAAUUUUUUUUUUAAUGCCUACCUGGCAGUGUGUACCAGGCAGUGUGCUGGUCAAAAAAAAAAAAAGAAUAAAAGCUUUUG